AUGGAGAUUCAGCUCUCAGUUUUCAUUCUUUCUCUAAUACCUUUUUUUGCACUUGCAUCUUCAACUUCUGAUGUGAUUGAAAUGGUUGUUCCCUCUGAUGACUUUCCAUCCUGGUUAACAGACUUUAACCCUACAAAGACACUCAGGGGUCAUGCGGAUCUUAUCGUUUCUCAAGAUGGUACGGGUGAUUACAAAACCAUAAACGAGGCGGUUGCGGCGGCACCAACGGGUAGCAAAACACGAUUCAUUAUCUAUGUGAAAAGAGGAACUUACAAAGAGAUCGUCCACAUUGGUGAAUUGAAAACACACUUAACAAUUGUUGGAGACGGAAGCGAUGCAACCAUUCUUACCGGGAGUUUAAAUUUCAAAGAUGGCACUAAAACUUUCGAUUCUGCAACCGUCGCCAUCGAUGGAGAUUGGUUCAUGGCCCAGGAUCUUUGGAUACAGAACACGGCUGGACCGGCAAAGGGACAGGCUGUUGCUCUUCGAGUUAGCGGUAAUUAUGUAGUCAUCUAUCAGUGUCGCAUUGAUGCUUAUCAGGAUACACUCUAUGCCCAUUCAAACACACAAUUUUACCGUGACUGCUUCAUCACGGGUACCGUAGACUUCAUAUGCGGACGUGCAUCAGCAGUUUUCCAAAACUGUCAGAUUGAGGCCCGAAAGCCAACGGAAGGACAGAGUAACGUCAUAACUGCUCAACAACGUGGCAAGGAUGACAAACAUUCGGGUUUUACAUUUCAGAACUGCAGUAUCAAGGCGAGUUCAGAUCUUGCUCCACUAAAAAGAAUGGUGAAAACGUUCCUGGGAAGACCGUGGGGUGAUCUCUCAACUGUGGUGUUCAUGGAAUCUUAUAUGGAUGAUUUGAUAGAUCCUACUGGAUGGACUCCGUGGAAUAGCAGCACCACUAGACGAUUGUCCACAAUAUUCUAUGGAGAAUAUCGAAACAAAGGCCCCGGAGCAAACACAAACCAGAGAGUCGACUGGAAGGGCUUCAAGGUAAUUACGGAUCCGAUAGAAGCGGGAAAGUUUACUGUUGGAGAAUUCAUAAACAGAGACUCUUGGCUGAACGCCACCGGAGUUCCGUUUUACGAGGGUCUCUGAUUAGAUCGUGUUUACCAAUAGUAUUUAAAACAUUCAAGAAAAUGGUAUCUGUCAAUCCAUAAACAAAAGAUAUUAAAUGGU